UCGUAUCUGGACGCUGCAGACAUGGAGGAGUCCAGUGACAAGCUUUUCUGCUGUAGCUGGCUGCGCCGCUGGGUUCCCCUGACCCACAGGGAGGAACUGUACCACAUCCUGAGGAUGACAGGGCCUCUGCUUCUCUCUCGAAUCCUUAAUUACCUGCUUCCAUUUGUGGUUACGAUGUUCUGUGGGCGUCUGGGAAAUGAUGUGAUGGCGGGAUACGGACUAGCUUCUGCUGCCAUUAAUAUUACCACUGCAGCAACAGGAUGUGGUCUGGGAAUAGCAUGUGAUACUCUGGUGUCCCAGACAUUUGGUGGUAAGAACCUGCUGAGGGUGGGAGUGAUCCUUCAGCGCGGCACCAUCAUCCUGCUGUUGUUCUGUCUGCCCUGCUGGGGCCUGCUCAUUAAUGCCGAGGCCAUACUGAUAUGCAUGGGCCAGGACCCCGAGGUGGCCAGAAUAGCCCAGCUGUAUAUGACAGCCUUCAUUCCUGCUGUACCACCGAUGUUUCUACAUCAGCUUCUGGUGUCUUAUCUGCAGAACCAGGGUAUAAUACUGCCACAAAUGUACACUGCUGCCGUGGCAAACAUAGCAAAUGUUGUGACGAACUACAUCUUUAUAUACUGGCUGGAUCUGGGGGUGAUUGGAUCUGCAGCAGCCAAUACUCUGUCUUGGAUUUAUAUCUGUGGUUUUCUGUUUGCUUACAUUUGGUGGAAGAAGCUCCAUGUAACAACAUGGGGAGGCUGGUCUGUGGAAUCACUGCAGGAGUGGGGCUCCUACAUGAAACUGGCCAUUCCCAGUACAUUUAUGAUAUGUUUCGAGUGGUGGGUUUAUGAAUUUGGUGGAUUCUUUGCAGGAAUGCUGAGUGAAGAUGAGCUGGCAGCCCAACAUGCUGUGAUAAUGGUGGCUUUCAUAACCUACAUGUUCCCUCUUGGUAUUCAAGCUGCUGCUUGUGCCCGAGUGGGGAAUGCUCUCGGUGCAGGAGACACUGCCAAGGCGAUCCUCACCACUAAGAUGUCAUUUGCUCUUGCGGGUAGCUUUGCAGUGGUGGAAGGUAUUGUGCUCGGCUCUUCCAAAACAGUGAUCGGCUUCAUCUUCACCUCUGAUGAGAAGAUCAUAGAACUGGUCUCUCAUUUGAUGAAUGCCUACUGUUUCGUUCAAUUCUUUGAUGGUCUUGUGUGUGUGUGCACGGGCAUCUUCUUGGGCACAGGCAAACAGAAGAUACCAGCUGUGUGCAACUUCAUUGGAUACUACUGCAUAGGACUUUCACUAUGCGUUAUUUUAAUGUUUGUGGCAAAACUGAGAAUUCUGGGUUAUUGGCUGGGACUGCUCAUUUCUUGCAUUAUACAAUCCACCUUCUACAUCACUGUCAUCUUCAAGCUGAACUGGAAGAGUAUGACAGAGGAGGCUGUGAAACGAGCUCAGAAAAAGACACACAUGGCAUUAAUAAGCACAGCUGACAACCACACAUCAGUGGACGGCUACAUGUCUGUGAGCACUGAGUGCCAUAAUGGGAACAAGGAGACACAAGAUGGACAGCAGCUGAAGGGUGGUCGUCUCUCCACCAGCCAGCUGGUCCUCAGACGAGGCCUCACCAUGUUUGCAGCAGUUGCACUUCUAGCUGUGGGAACAUGUGUGCACUUCCUUGUGCCCUUGCCAGAGAUCGUGCCUUCCAACUCUACUUUGGACUGGAUCAAUACGACAUAUACUCCUGAUCAAACUGUCUCCACUGUGCUGUCCCAAUAGAAGGAUAAUCUUGAGAUUCUUGAUCAUAAAGUCUUUGUUUGUGCUUAACGUCAUUAAAACACUGAGUUUUAGAUUCUCAUGGACCCAUUAUCUUUGACAGAAAGAGGAUAGUGUGCAGUUGAAACACACAACUUACUCAAUUUUACAUCAUACUUACUAUGAAUAGUCUGAUUCAUUUCAAACACAGCCACAGCUUUCCUUAGCUAGCAUAUUAGUGUUCACAUUGGGUUAAAAGUGGAAGAAAAAUAGACUUUACACAAUACAAAGAGUUCACAUUCACGUUCCUGCAUUAAUACUUUACAAAAAGGAUUAAGUAUCAUUCACAUCAAUCAUCAAAAUAUAUGCAUAUGCAUUAGGCCAACUCUAAAUGGAAAAUAAAAACUUUCUUCCUCUCCACACUUUAUUUCUGUUAUUAUGUUUAGCCAAUUUGGGAAAUAUUUCAUAAUUGCAUAUUUUUUUGGUUCGGUCUGUGUGGUUUUCUGGGUUUAAGUUUUGAGGCUGUCAGAGUAGAUUCAUGUAAUAAUUAACUUGAAGGUAGGACUGUUUGAAGAUUAGCAACUGUGAACUGGUCAACCAUGUGUAGAGGUCAGCAACUGUUGGUCCUUUAAUUACAUUAUUGUGUAAAAGUAAAGUCACUCUGAAUGUCCUGUUUAAAACAACCAUGCUGUGGCUCUCUCUCCAUGCUGCAUGUAUUAAAACAUUUGAUUCACACCGAGUCUGUAAUUUUUUAGAGAACAAUCAAUUCUCAAUAUUUUGAAAAAGACUUU